GAGUGUGAAGCUAGAGUCGUAUUUUCAGAAAGCGGCCACCAGUGCGAUUACCCCCGGCAGAUACUGGCGGUAAUCCGAUGAUUAAUUGAAUCGAAUCCUGUCGGUGUUGAAAUAAAGUCUCACGGUCAUAUCGCCCGUUACGAUUACCUCAAAUCGUGGCAGUUGAUUAGUUCAUUAUCAGUAAGUACCCGCAGCCAAUCUGGAUUAUUAUGUGGAUGAGCAGAUCGGAAUGAUGUUCGUGUUUGUGUGUAAAGUAGGAAGAUGUGAACAACAUAUACCCCAUUGAGAGCGAGUAGCAGAGAGUAUCAACCAAAGCGCUGCAGUACGAAAGCACUGAGCUCAAUCGAUCAAACGAAAAGUGCCUAUCAACGUGACCGUAAUUUUCCGUAAUGUUGUCCUUGGUGGUUCGUUGGCCGACGCUUCGGAGACGAUCAUGGAGUCACAGCGUUCUACUUCCUGUCAGUUUAAUGCUGAUGGCGUUGAUUGUGAGAACCAGCGUCGUGCACUGCCUGGAGCGCCAAUACACCGCUGACGAACUACUUCAGAGUACAUUUCCACUCGGGAUCUCCGGGGACAUUGACAUGGACCCGUGUAAAUCUAGCAGUUUUAUGGGUGAUAUUGCAAUGGCUAAUGUGAACUAUGAAAGUGAAUUCCACAAACAAAGACUGAAAGAACAGGCCGCUGAGGCGGAGAAACUGCAGAAACAAAUCAUCUACGAAGGUCUUCAGGUAGAGGAGGAAGGUCUUAUCAGGCCACCUGUUUCAUCCCGAGAGCGUCCUUCACGAACGAAUGACGUUGGUAAAAAACUGAAACUUCAACCGAGUAGAGGCAGCGAUGAAAACAGCAACACGAGGAAAAUGCAUCACAAACAUCGACCUCAAAAGCACAAUCCGGACAAAACAAGUACACGAGUGAAUCCCAAAGUGAAAAGACCUACUUACAAAAGCAAAACAGAUAAUUUAAAAUCAGAGUUAGAAAAACAUUCUCUUUCCCUCGCCGACAGCAACUUACUAAUGCAGAGCAAACUGGUACGGGUUGCUCAUAGACAUUCAACCGCCAAAGUAAACACGCCUCGUAAAAUACGACGCUACAGAAGAAGGCGAAAGGAUCACCCGCAUCAUAGAUCGGUGAGGGCUGCAACGGCUAAAAAGGAACGCAUAUGGGACUACGGUGUUAUCCCGUAUGAGAUCGACGGAAAUUUCAGUGGAUUGCACAAGGCUUUAUUCAAACAGGCGAUGCGCCACUGGGAAAACUAUACCUGCAUAAAAUUUGUCGAACGAGAUCCCGUCGAACAUGUCAACUUUAUAGUGUUCACCGAAAGACCCUGCGGCUGUUGCUCGUUUGUGGGAAAACGUGGCAAUGGUCCUCAAGCGAUUUCGAUCGGUAAAAACUGCGACAAGUUUGGCAUUGUUGUUCAUGAGCUCGGUCACGUGGUGGGUUUCUGGCACGAGCACACCCGACCCGACCGAGAGGAUCACGUGGUGAUAGAAAAGCACAACAUCAUGAUCGGGCAGGAGUAUAAUUUCAACAAACUUACCGAAGAUGAAGUCAACUCGCUUGGUCAGCCUUACGAUUAUUUUUCAAUCAUGCACUAUGCGAGAAAUACAUUUUCCAGGGGAACCUACCUGGAUACAAUUCUUCCGGUUGACAUACCAGGACAGAAACGGCCGGAAAUUGGUCAGAGGCUGCGGCUCAGCGAAGGUGAUAUUACCCAAGCAAAUUUACUCUACAAGUGCACGAAAUGUGGUCGCACAUUCCAGGAUCAUUCGGGAUUCUUUACAUCCCCAAGUUACCAUUCUAAAAUUCCACCAAACGAACCAGAACGCUGCGAGUGGCGUAUAACAGCGACCCACGGCGAACAAAUUGUGCUGAACAUCACAGAUCUAGAUAUUUACAAAUCGGAAAACUGUCGCACUGAUUAUUUGGAAAUACGCGACGGCUACUGGUAUAAGUCACCUCUGUUGGGCAAACUUUGCGGGUCCAAGCGAAACAACAAUUUGAUUAUCUCGAGCGGCAAUCGAAUGAUGCUUACCUUCGUGACCAGCUAUCGUCAGAUAAGCAUGCGCGGUUUUUCCGCUCAGUACGAAGCAAUCUGCGGCGGAGACAUUUAUCUGGAAGUCGGAGGUCGUUUGGAAUCACCUAAUUAUCCUGCCGAUUAUCUACCGAACAAGGAAUGUAUCUGGAGGAUCACGGUUCCCAAAGAUUAUCAGGUGGCGCUAAAGUUCCAAUCAUUCGAAGUGGAAAACCAUGACAACUGUGCGUACGAUUACGUUGAAGUACGGGACGGUCAUUCGCCAGAGUCUCGAGAAAUUGGCGCAUUCUGUGGAUAUAAGAUACCGCCCGAUAUGCGAUCGUCUUCGAAUAAGAUGUUUGUCAAGUUCGUGUCCGAUGGAUCGGUGCAAAAGGCAGGAUUCCUGGCAACAAUCAUGAAGGAAGUUGACGAAUGCGAGCGAAAGGAUCACAGCUGUGAGCAUGACUGCAUCAACACUCUGGGCGGGUACGAGUGCGGCUGUGAAAUCGGAUAUGAACUGCACAGUGAUCGGAAGUCUUGCGAGAAAGCUUGUGGAGGUAUUCUCACAGCAAAAAGUGGAACCGUCUGGUCACCAUCAUUCCCGAAGGAAUAUCCCACGAUGAAGGACUGCGUGUGGGAAAUUGUCGCCUCACCGCAGCACAAAAUCACCCUAAAUUUCACACAUUUUGACCUGGAAGGAAAUACUUUCUACCAAUCGUCGGAAUGUGACUACGACGCCGUCAGCGUCUAUUCUAAGAUCAACGACGAGGCAAUGAAACGACACGGGACGUUUUGCGGAUCCAGGAUCCCACCGACCAUCACUUCGGAAAGCAACAUUCUCAGGGUGGAGUUUCGUUCGGACAAAACCGUUCAGAAAACCGGUUUCGCCGCAGUCUACUUCUCCGAUGUGGACGAAUGUGCGGUUAACAAUGGCGGCUGUCAGCAUGAAUGUAAGAACACAGUCGGGUCGUUUAUUUGCACCUGCAGGAACGGUUACCUACUGCACGAAAAUGGGCGCGAUUGCAAAGAAGGCGGGUGUAAGUACGAAAUCACCGCUCCUAGUGGUCAAAUCUACAGUCCCAACUAUCCGGAUAAGUAUCCAUCGAAAAAGGAUUGUAUAUGGCACUUUUCGACGGCUCCAGGCCAUCGGAUCAAACUGAUAUUCAACGUGUUCGAUGUUGAACUACACCAAGAGUGUGCUUAUGAUCACAUUGUUAUCUAUGAUGGCGAUUCCCAGGAAAGUCACACCCUUGGUCGGUUCUGCGGCGCAAAGAUGCCUCAUCCGAUUUCGUCGACCUCAAAUGAAAUGUAUAUGGUGUUCAAGACGGACCUUAGCGUUCAGCGGAAGGGAUUUCUAGCUACUCAUACCACUGCGUGUGGUGGACACUUGCAGGCGACUGCCGAAAUCAACCAUCUUUACUCGCACGUUGCGUACGGUGUAGGAACCUACGAAAAUGGUGCCGAUUGCGAGUGGACAAUCGAGGCCGAUUCGGGUCGUAAAGUUCAGCUGACCUUCCUGGCGUUCGAUCUAGAAGAGGAAGGACACUGUUCGUACGACUACGUUGAAAUCGGAAGCGGGUUCGAUGAUAUGAGCGGCCAGCUGCACGGCAAGUACUGCGGAAACAGUAUGCCUCCGGAGAUUAUCUCGAUGAGUGAGAUAGUCGUGGUUCGGUUCCGCUCGGACGAUACGGUUGGGUUCAAGGGCUUUUCGGCGUCGUACGUGGCAAUCAGUCCGUUUGAUGAUGAGCUUUCGACCGACGAGGAAGCGUCGGAGAGCACUGAGUUGGCGGCUCCGUUUCCUGGUUCGCUGAGAAAUAUGUUCAUUAGCUACAAUGAAGAUGAUGGCGAGGACGACGAUUACGAGGUGUAUCACGGGCGGCGAGUGAACAGCAAGGUUCGGCUAGGGGUUCGCAAUGAGAUUAAUUCUGCGCAAACUGACGAUUGAACGUAUGUUGCGUUGGUGGUGAAGACGAGUUUCAAUCAGUCAAUUGUGAUGUUAUUUUAGUAAGAUCAAAUACAAAAAUUUCAGACGAAUGCAUGUUCAUUCGAAUACAGAUGAUUGUAGUACAGGUAGUAAGAAUAAUCUAGUUCCUGGAUUUUUUUUAAAUGAUAUUUUAACUAUUAUUUCAUAUUUAAUGACAAUGAUCUGAACGAUUCUAGGACAUGCAAUGAAAUAGACUGAGAUAGUUGUAAAUAAAAUAGAUGAUUUCUUU